CCGUAGCCUCGCGAGAGCUGGCGCUAUAAGCUGGCGCGGGGCUCACGUGGUUCCCUCUUUUUCCGUCUGCCUUUCCAAGAUGGCGCCGAAAGUGAAGAAGGAGGGUGAGCCUCGUGGUGGGGGCGCAGGGGGGCGCCCUCUCUGGGGCAGCCGUGGACCUGGGGGGCUGCAAUGCGGAGAGGGAGUUAUUUCACCCCCCUAUAAUUGUUAUAGCUCUGUUACUUAACUUUCUCUGCUGGGGGGCCUGUUGGGAAGGGUUUGUCGGGGGGGCUGAUGGUUUCUUCCCCCCCCCCCCAAGUUGGAAGCGGUUUGGCUGCAAGGCAGCCCUCAAAUAGGGGAGGGGGCUAAAUUAUGGGGAGGGAGGAGGUGGUGAAUUGGUGGGGGGGUGUUCAGAAGGGCUUGUUUCCUGGGGAGGCUGCUGGUUCGUUCACCCUUCUCUCAGCACUGCUCCCCCCCCCCAAGGUGGCUUGGAUGAAGUGGGGUUGGGGAGACUGACAUGGUACUGGCCCUCAAAUUUGGAUGUAAGAAUGAUUAGGAAGAUUAGAAUAUGCAGCAGAAAUAGAUGGUUUGAGGAAGCCAUGGAAGCACGGAAUGGAAGUCGACCAAAAAAGAAAUCAUUUAAUGAGUAGAUUGAAAUAUUUUCUCUUUCCUUUCUUUACCCCCUCUUGUUUUUUUUAACAAAAAAAAUUUAUAGUCUACAAAAGAAAACCAUAAAAUAAAUAUAAAACUGGUCCAAAGCGAUUGUCGUAGCAACAGUAAAAAUACUGUUUAUUUUGAAAAAAAACUAUAAACAAGAAGAGAUGGUAUUGGCCACCAGCUUGGAUGGCUUUAAAAGAAAAUCGACAGAUUUAUCGGGGAGGAGGGGGCUUCCUGGGCCUACUAGCCACACGGUCAGAGGCAGCAAGUGCCACUGAAUAACGAUUGCUGGGAAUUACAGGGAUACAAAGAUUUCCCUCCCCUUGUAAUAGUGAAACCCAAUGAAACUGAAUGUUGGAAGAUUCAGGACAGUCCAAAUGGGAAGGGGCAUUGAGGGAUAUCCAGCCCUGGCUGAGGCUGUAGGGUGACAUGUGUUUGUGUUUUAUACUUGUCUGGCAGCCAGACCCAUCUAACAAGUGAAGUAAGAGUUCACCUACUGUUGAGUGGCUUUCAUUUCUGGCUUUUAGAAAGCUUGUAGGCUUCCUUUUUCAAUUUUUUUUUAUAGCAACAGGUAUCUUUCUCCCCCACCCCCCAAAUCUUUAUUAACCCCGAGCAGAUUUCUUUACAUGUUAUUCUGCAUGUUCUAGAUCAGUAGAAUCUGGCCUUUUCAGAAAUGCUGCCCCCCUUGACCCAAAGAGACACCCAGGGACCCACUUUUUAACCAUGAAAUAUUUUUGUACAGCUGUAGUGUUGCUAUUGCAGCCCACUCCUAAAUCAGGUUGUGACUCAAUAGAUCCUGACUUACCAGUGGACUAAGAUAGUGUUGAGGCAAACACUACAAAUCUACCCUUCCCGUGCUCAUAAAAAGAGACCUGUUGAAUCAGACUAAACAAUCAUAUAGCCAGCCCAGCAUCCUGUUGUCACAGUGGCCAACCAAAUAGCAAGCAGACCAUGAUCACAACAGCACUGUCUACUUGUGUUCUCCUGUGACUGGUAUUCAGAAGAGGUUGCACAUAGCUGUCCUAGCUAAUAGCCACUCAGAGCCCUCUGAAUUUGUCCAAAUCCCUUUUAAAGCCAUCUAGGUUGGUCUCAUCAUUGCUUCCUGUGAAAAUGAGUUCCAUAAUUUAACUGUGCUCUGGAUGAAGAAAUACUCUUGCCUCUCCUGAAUCCUCUAACACUGGGAUAACUCACCUUCUUUCUAAAUGAGUGUGGGCAACACAAUAUUCCAAUAGAGUUUGCACCAUAGAUUUGUAUAAGGACAGUUUAAUUUUCAGUCCCUGAUGAUCCCUAAUGUCAAAUUUGCCUUUCCCACAGCAUCUUGAUGAUGGGUCGACAUUUUCAUUGUGCUAGCAUAACUACAAGACCUCUCUUGACCAUUCACUGCUAGUUCAGAGCCUGUUAGUUUAUGCAAAGAUUUCCUUCCCUCUGUGGGUCACUAAAAGCACAUGUUUCUGUUACUUGAAUUGAUGUGGAGUAAAUUGCAUAGGCUUUAAAGGCCAUGUGCUGAUAAUCCCAUUGAAGCUGUAUGGGAUGUGCAGAGGAUCUCUCCCUCCCCUCCCCCUACUUCCCUGCUCAUCCUCAGCUCUGUCUUCUCCUUGCAGCUGUCCCGGCCAAGACCGAGGCAAAAUCCAAAGCCCUGAAAGCUAAAAAGGCAGUCCUGAAAGGCGUCCACAGUCACAAGAAGAAGAAGAUCCGGACGUCCCCUACCUUCAGAAGGCCGAAAACACUGCGGUUACGGAGGCAGCCCAAGUAUCCCAGGAAGAGCGCGCCAAGGAGGAACAAGUAAGUCGGCCCAAGAGAUGCUCAGCGUGGCCCACCAAGCUCUGGUAGCCAGGCAAAAUACCCAUGACUUGUCUACUUGUGUAUUAAAAAUGGAUUUUUUAAAUGGCAUAUAGUAUCUUCCUGCAAUGAGUUCCACAGUGUCUUCCUUUAAAAAUUGCUGAUCAGUUUCUGCACUGUCCCUCUCAGCUCCAGUCUAUUUUGACAGUUUUGUUUAUUUUUAAAAAAAAUAUUUCUGAAGAAAAGUAAAAUAUUUACACUUAGAAAAUAUCAUAGAAAUAAUUGAGUGCAAUGUCUUUAGUAAAAUAUUUGGAGGAUAAAACUAGAUUUAUUCUAUUUUUAUGGUUACUUAAUGAUGGUACAUGAAUGAUGAUUGCUGCUCCUGUUCUCCUCCUCCCCCAAAUUGUUGAGGGAGUUUGAGAGUUUCCCCACAGGCAUCCAGGUGUUCACAGUGAGAACAGGAUGUGGGACAAAUGGGCUGUUGGCCUGAUCCAGAAGAGCUCUUUUUAUGUUCUCAUCUCAGUGCUUUAUGAAUGCUACGCAGGCAUGUUGAAAGCUGUUUUAUCCAAAGUCAGACCUCUGACCCCUCUAGCUCAUCGUUGUCUACUCUGACUGGCAGAGGCACUGGCAGGAGGGACUUUCCCAGCCCUACCUGCAGAUUCCCCUGGGGAUUGAAUUUGGGACCUCCGGCGUUUCCCAAGUCUUCUACCAAGUCAGGCUGUUGGCCUAUCUAUCUUAAGCACACAGACUGGCAGAGGCCCUCUAGGGUUUCAGGCAGGGAGGAUAUUCCCCAGCCCCACUGGAGAUGCUGAGGGUUGAACCGGAGACCCCCUUUUGCACGCAGAGCAGGGGUUCCAUUGCUGAGCCCGUGGCCUUCCCCUUUGGCCAAGGAUCAAAGGUGCAGAGGAUGAUGAUUUAGCGACCAAAGCCUGAUUGGUUGUGAUUACAGCUUAAUAGUGACUGAUGCACCUGGAUCUGUAUUUGAGGACCUCUCAUCCUCACCACUUCUGUGAGUAACUGAAAAAGCCCCCUUUUGCUGCCCUCCUUCCCAGGUUGGACCACUAUGCCAUCAUCAAGUUCCCCCUGACCACUGAAUCGGCCAUGAAGAAGAUUGAAGACAACAACACCCUGGUGUUCAUCGUGGACGUGAAAGCAAACAAGCACCAAAUCAAGCAGGCUGUCAAAAAGCUCUAUGACAUUGAUGUGGCAAAGGUCAACACGCUUAUCAGGUGAGCGGAGACCGUGUGUGUGUGUGUGUGUGUGUGUGUGAGAGAGAGAGAGAGAGAGAGAGAGAGAGGGCAGGGAGAGGCGGGUACUCUUGUGCAAAUGAUGGAAACAUUAUUGAACUGAAGAAAGUGAUGCUUUCAAAGGAACCACUGAUGCACAAAAAAUGCCCCUCCAGGGAUCGACAGAGGUGUAAGAAUUCUCAGGGGAGGGUAUUUGCUGUCUGUAAAGCUUUAGUUCAUUUUAUAAUGUACAGUAUAUCAAACAGAGAACAAUAAUAACAGAUUAAAAUUAAAAAGAUGGAAAACAAAGCUGUAAAACAGGCACAUAGAACGAGUACAGUGGCAUGUGGGUUAAAACAACAACAUUCCAAGUACAGAAUAUUAUCUGAUUGUCAAGCAUUUCUCCAAGAUUUGCCAGGCUUGGGACGAGGUUGUCUUGAAAAUGAUGGUUCCAUUGCAUAUGUCAUAAAAGGAAUGCCAAAUGAUAUAAAAAGUGUCCGAACGUUCUAGUCCUUAUCGACAUCUCAGAUUAUGCACAAUUUUCUCCUGAUAGCUAUAUUCCAGAGUGGGGGGUACCAAGCAUGCAGUGUAAGGUUUUGGACUGGAAGAUAAGGUUUUCUUUAAACAUCUUAGCAUCUUGCAACGGGGAAAGGAUUGUUUUUGCCAGUGUAAAGUAACUCAAAGCACACACCUAAAAUUUAAAUGAGGAGCAGGUGCCGUUAAGAGGAAGAGCAUGAUUUUUUUAAUAUUAAAAAAGUUCUAAUUGUUCAAGGUAGUAAAAAAAGCUGAAGCAAGAAUAUCACACACCACUCUUAGCCUAGGGAACAAAUGUGCACCAGGGCUGGAGAGUAGGAAUGGUGCGGCACCGCUGCUUUUGAGACCUAACACCACCUGUCUGCUUCCAGGCCUGACGGUGAGAAGAAAGCCUAUGUCCGCCUUGCUCCAGACUAUGACGCGCUAGAUGUUGCCAACAAGGUAAGGAGGGAGAGGCCGAUAGACCCUUUCCCCGUAGCUGUGGCUAACGGGGCCUGGCUGCUGGAUCAGGCCAAAGGGGGCCUGGCUAGAGCAGCAUCCAGACCCUGUGGAAGCCAGCCAAAUUCCCCAGAAGGAAGGCCACAAGCAGAACGUGAGUGCAAGAGCGCUCUCCCCACUUGAGAGUCCUGGAAUUACCAGCCAGGAGAAGAGGAGGUAGAACGGCCAUCUUCACAUAUCGAAAGGGCUGUCGCAUGGAAGACAGAGCAAACUAAUGGGUUCAAAUUGAAAAGGGGAAAUUUUGAGUAGUAAUAAUAAUAAUAAUAAUAAUAAUAAUAAUAAUAAUUUAUUUGUAUCCCGCCUUCCCCAGCUGAAGCUGGGCUCAGAGUGGCUAACAAUAAAAGUAACACAGCAUUCUAAAAUCAAUUCAUUCUAAAAUCAUUUCAAAAUCAAAUUAAUGGCAACCAUUGGGCUAGAGUUCUGUGAGGAUUACCAAAGGAUGGGGUCAGACUGAGCCUUGGCCAAAGGCCUGGUGGAACAGCUCUGUCUUGCAGGCCUGCGGAAAUAUAUUGGGGCCACAGCCGAAAAGGCCCUGGCUCUGGUUGAGGCCAGCCUAACCUAGUAAACAUCAGGAAGAACUUUCUGAGAGCUGGAACAGACUUCCUCAGAAGGUGGUGAACUCUCCUUCAUUGAGGGGUUUAAAAUAGGCCGGAUGGCCACCCAUCAGAGAUUCUUUAGCUGUGAUUCCUGCAUGGGGGGGGGUUGGACUAGAUGAGCCUUGGAGGUCCCUUCCACCUUUACAGUUCUGUGAUUCUGGUCAUUACUGCUAGAUUUUCUGUUAUGGCUGAGAAUACGUGCUGGCUGAUGGGGUUUCUAGGAAAUAGUCCCAGAUCUCAAAUUCUUGGACAGUUUUUGCACUAUGAGGCUGAGUUGUGUAGGAAAGUGUGUAGGCCGCUGUGAAGCUCCUUUGCUAGAAGAUGACAGCUUUUCCCCCCAAGGAGGGAGCAGCGCAGUGGGUGGGUGUGAAUGCCCAAGGGGCAGAAAAGCUGGGGGAGAUCAGACUGCUAAUGCAAUUCUUUGCUUUUUCUUUUGUGUUUCCAGAUUGGUAUCAUCUAAGUGGCCUGUUGCCAGCAUUGUACGAAACGACCUCCCACCUCUGAAUGCAUUUUGUACAAAAUGUUUCCUAUAGACUCCUGAGUCUAAUCCCACCAGUGUAUGUAAAAGGAUUUUGCAAUAAAUUGCAUCUUGGGCUCCAUAACUAACUCCACACAUGCUUUCAAACAAAUGCCAAAGUUGGGAGAGGGGUCAGCUUUGUCACCUUGGAGUGUGGGUCUGCAGGCAUCUGAAACCAUGCUUAUGUGUCUUCUUAUUCUUUGGGAGCGGAAUGAUGGCUCCCUGUCUGCAGAAAUCCAAAACGGAAGCUUCUGUUUUCAACUUAAAGCCAUUUCUAAAUCUGUUCAAAAUUGGGCACUUCCUCUUUCUGACCACGGGGAGGCAGAUGUUGCGAGAGACGGAAGCAGGUUGAAACCGCAGCCGUUUAGUGUUUUCUUUUUAUAAGGAUGAAGAGACUUUCAUUUGGAAAACAAGGAGGGUUGUGGGUCCACACAGGUUUUCAAGCAUCAACAACUUUGUCUGCCCCCCAACCCAGUGCUUCAGUGGCAGUUAAGCUAGUGCCAAAAUCUGUUUGGCAAAAGACGAGCCUUGAGGUGGUUAGCCCUUUUUCUAUCCCAAGGGCCGCAUGGGCUCAUUGCAGUUCCUCUGGGGCCACAUGGCCCGCCCACACUCUUCUGCAACCAGGUACGUACGUAUUGAUAAAAUAAGCCAUGCAGACACACACACAAGAAAACGGGGAAGGAAUAAAGAAAGGGUGCGUCUAGCUAUAUGUAAUUUUACAAAAUGUAUAUGCCGCUUGAUAGUAGUAAAGCCUCUAAGCAGAUGACAGUUACAGAUAAAAAUGAUCAAUUAAAUUUUUUUUAAAUGAUUAAGU